ACGUUGUGAACCUUCGUUUACACUGUGCGAAAGUGUAUUUAAACGAAGUGAAUUAGCGUCGUUGAUGUGUUUGUAUCAUUAACAAGUUUUGUAUGAACGAAACAGAUGCUUCUCCGAUUAUUAAAACUAUCGUAAGACAUAAAUGUAGUAGAUUUUUUGCAAGAAUACAUUUAUUUUGAUAUUGAGCUUAUAGUGGAAUACGUUUGAAGGCUACAGUGAGUGCAGAUACUGACUGAAAAUCUGCGCUGGUUACAAAAGUCAAGAAAUAUGGACCAGACAGCAUAUGUCAGUGGUACUACAUAUUGUGCCCAUAUGGGAACAUCAUAGGAAUAGUACCAGCUCAAAUUAUUCAUGAAGGUUCAUUUCAUGGCUCAUAUUGUCAGUUGACAGGUCAUGAACAUGGUGAGGCCAUCAAAGGUAUCCCAGCAGGUAGCACACGCUGUACCUGGUUUGCAUCUGAUGUGUUCUGUAACAAACCAACAGCCUCAUUCAGUUUCUGCAAACUCUGUGACAUCUGCCAAAGAUAAUAAGAGAAAUAACAUUGCAUGUUCUACUGAUCCUCUUUAUGGAACUAUUCUCAACAGCAGCAGUUCUGUUAACAGUGCCAUAGGAGACAGUGAUGUUGAACUUCCAUUAAUUAUGGCUAAUUUGAAGUUACGUGAUGUUGGAAGUGAAGUACCAGAUGCUGUAAUCCUGAAAAAUAUGGACUCUCAAAGAAGGAUCACCAGAAGCUGUUCAAAGCCAACUGAUUUUACUACACAGAACAGACGAUGCAGUUUGAAACCAGCCAAAAUGGAUGUGGCAGAUAUUGAGAGUUAUUAUUUGAAUAAGAAAUUUCAGAAACCACUUGUGAGACACCUGGAAACUAUAUAUGAGGAGCCAGUAAUUAAAAAAAAUGGUUCAUGUUGCAUUCUUGGGCCUAAGAAACCAAGAAAAAUAAUAUUUACGGGGAUAUCUAAAGCCAAAGAAAAGAAGAGGAAAGCAAAUAUUAAAAAAUUGAGUAGAAACUUUGCGUCUAGAAGGGCCAGUUUCUCAGCAGAUGAUUUUUUAAUGCAUUUAACUGGCAUAAUGUUGGAAGAUGUGAGCAAGACUGACAUGUGACCUUGAAAUAUUAGUAGCUGAAAUGUAAACAGGAAUAAAGUUCAAGAUCAAUUUAAGGAUUGAUUGAGAAGAAGCAGGGACCUGUGCAUGUAUCUCACAAAAAUAUGAACAACACUUAUCUCCUGUAGACCAAAGUGCUGCCAAAUUUCUCAUGUACCAAACUGUUUCAUCUACUGUUCAUAAGAGUUCCCUGAAGAAAGUGAAUAGACAGACUGCUGUUUGUAACAACAGACUUCAGAGGCAGAAAUCGUAGACGUGCGAUGAUUUGUUUGAAAAAUCCUUGAAGAUGACGUCAGUUUAAUCAGUGUCAGAAAUCAAUUUGUUAAAUGGCUUAAUGUUAAAAAAAACUUCUUGUGUGGUCUAGUGUUUCAGAACACCAUAAAUUUGAACACAUUAAAUUCUAGCUGAAUUUGCUGGGUAAAGGUCUGCUAAUAAUCCUAGUACUUGCGUAAUUGUAAUUGUAUUACAAUAAUAACGAGGAAUUUUUCAGAUGCCAUAAGCUGAAAUACAUUGAAAGUAACACCUAAAAUUAAAAUAUUGGUGUUGUACAUUACUGUACAAAUUAACUGGUUCUUCAAAUAUGUAUACAUUCACUAUUUUCACCAAUUUGGGAUUUCUUUGUUGAAAAAAUUAUUCAUUUUUCUUACAGAUCACCACUGUGUGAAUUUUAUGUUUGAGUUCUUUAACACAUGUUACAUACGCACCAAAAACUUCUUUAAAAUGGACAGUAAAUCAUGUGAAUCUAUGGUUUCCAAGGUAUUAGGCUGUUGUGUUAUGUCAUAACAUGCUCGAUCAUUAUUCUCAAGUACUCUUGAGCAUAUUAAUAAAACUAUCAGUUUGAGAAACAGAAAAGCUGCUGUGAAUGUUUAAAUUAAGGAUAUACAAAUUGAUUCAACAUAUUUGUCCAUAAAUUAUGUAUUUCAGUGCUCAGUUUUGUGUAUGUAAGGUUCUGUGGUAUCCUUCACUCUUCUGUCUAAAAGCACAAAAGGAAAAGUUGAUAGGUAGAAGUGUAGUAAUGCAGAAAACAUUCCUUAUUGUACAGAAGUGUAAUGGAGUGUUGGGCUUAAGAAAUUAGUGUUACAGUUGUUAAGUUACUUAUGUUCUUUAAAUGAGGUGUUGGAGAGAUUUACAGUUGGUGAAUGAGAUUCUGUGUCUCUAUGGAAUAUAAGUAUUUAUAUUAACAUUAAUUUUCCCAUAUAAUUUAAUUUUGAAUUUUUUGUCCUAAAUAUUCAGAAUUGUAUGUAAUCUUUUGUUUGGCAUUGAAAUUUUCUUGUGACACAUUAUAAGUAUAGUAAAACUAAAUUUUAGUAUAAUUUAUACUGGCAGAUGUUAUCCAACAGUGUAAUGCUGUGCACAUUUUUUUCGACAAUUCUGAAAGUAACAUAAUUAGGUACAUCUAGCAACGUAAAAAUUUUGGCAGGUUUAGGUGUACUUUGUGAUUUAACAGAAUCCUGUGUAAAACCCAAACCCAGUUAAGAAUGUCUGUAAGAAAGAAAAAAUGCAAACAUUUUAAAAAUCAUCAUUAUGUUUUCGCAUUUGUUUCAAUGUCCAUGCAUAUGGUGCACACACAAAUUUACAUAAGAAGGUACAAAUGAGAUGAAUAAUUGCAUUAAAAGUUAUAUAAUAUGUGUUUCCCCUCCUUCAUUUGAUUCAUUGUCCAUGUUCAUGUAAAUGAAAGAUCAUAUUUUAAAUGAUUCACAAAUAUUUGUACAAAUAAAAAUAGUUGGUCCACGAUAACAA